AUGUCCGCCGCUGGCGACGAGAAGAAGGCCAUCGUGCUGGACGUCGUCAUGCGCAACCGCGUGUGGAAGGAGUGCGCGCUCUACGUCGCCGCCUCCAGGAGGGCCGCAGAGGCCAUGUAUGCCGUGCUGUGCACCCAGCUCGGCCCGGACAGGCGCGCAGAGGUCGUGCUGGACUUGGGCGAUGCGGGGCUCGCGUUCGGGGAGAAGGAGCUGCCGCGGGAUGUCGUGCGCGUCGUCGUUACCUGCCCGAUUGUGCUGAAGCGCAACUUGGCCACGGCGGAUGACUCGCCCGGAUGGCUUGAUAAGGCCUCCGUGCUGUUCAUUGACGAUCUUUCCUUGUCGUCGGUGCACGAGUGGGAGGAGAUCCUGCUUGGCCUGCCCAGCCGCGUGCUGCUGUGCGCCUUCUCGAAGGAGAACGCAGGUGUAGAUCGCGACCUGCUCCCGCUGUGGCUCGAGUCCAUUCAGAACCGCGUGGUUGCCAUCAGCCCGCCCGGCGCAGCCUCUCUGCAUGAUCGCAUUGAGCGCCCGCAGUCGUUCCCGUUGCUCCGCACCUUUGCUUUUAAUGCCGCAGUGCAUGAAUCCCCCGUUCAGGUUUCGUUGACGCUACUCAGGGAUAUACUGCAGAAGGAGGAGGAGACGAAGCUCGCCGAUUUUGUCCCGCGGUAUGAAGAGUGCUUCCUGCAGGGGAUCACCAUGAUUCCAGCGGAAAAGGCGAAAAACUUGAUGUUUCGAAGCAUUGAUGAGGCACAGUAUACUGACGUGGCAUGCUUGGUCGUCGCGGAUGCCAAGAGGACAAAGUCGCAGCUCAAGGCGAAAAGCAAGAAGCGCGCCCGAGCUUCGAAAAAGCGGAAAGGCCGCACGGCCUCGUCGCGCGCGGCGGCGAGGAGAAGACGAGAGGCGAUUUACGCCCAGUCCAUGCUACUUCCGGCGAUUGCGCUGAUCCGCGGCAGGACCGAAACUGAAAAUGCUACCUUCGCCAUACAGAGCGCCCUCGGCGAUGGGUUAGGCCUGCUGUGGGAUGAGGACACCGAGGAGCAGGUGCGGGACCUUGUCUCUGCCUAUCGACAAGCCCACAAAGGCCAACUCUGCGACACCGACAUCAACAUUUUGGACGCGUUGGUCACAGGGAUUGGUAUUGUUCACGAAGGAUGUGCUCCUGCAGUGCGCUUAUUUGUUGAGGAGCUUUACCGUGGCGGUCUUAUUCCACUACUCGUCGCCGACACGCAUCUGGGGUCUGUCGAGCUGUCGGCAUUGCCAUGCGCGAAGAGCAUUCUGAUUGAAUCCUCCGCUCUUGCCGCGUGUGACGACCGAGAAAAAGGCCUCAUCAAGGCUUCUACGGCUGCUGCGUUGGCGGGUCGAUUUGGCGAUGAUGAUGUGGGCAACUUGAUUGUUAUGUGGUAUGACGAGUCGGUGGACGAUGAAGCUGCGGGAGGUGAAAUAGCUUCGACUCUGCUGCAGCCACUGUUCUCGUCUCUUUCCGCGCUUAGUGCUGACGGAGGGCUCUCGCCAUUCCCGGAAUCAACCUACAAUGGCUCGCCCCAGGCGGGUAGCAGAUCGACAGUGUCUAAUCGUCAGACGCCCAGCGCAUUGUAUUCUUCAUAUGGAGGGUUGCUGCGAUCAUUGCGACGAUUCGGAGUUGAUGGUUACAAAUUCAUUCUCGACUACACCUUUAAUUCUUAUCGGGGAUGGCUCGAACGAGCAGCUCUUCGAGCCACGCUGGAGAAGAUGGGUAUGGAGAAGCGGGCUAUGGACGAGCGAAUCGAAAGCGAAGAUUGGUCUACGAUAUCAGACUUUGAGCGUCGAACCGCCAAGAAAAAUGAGACGGAUCGUGUCUUCCGUGCGAUGGAACAAAAGUUCACUCUUGUUGCGACCGAAAGAAUACGAGAAGAGCUGGUGCAGUCUCAACCGGGUAGAGUGAUUGGAAUAGAGUCCUCCAAAGGAGUCGAGACUCUCCCAUAUUGGGAGCAGAAGCUCCUGGAAGGCCAAAGUGAUCUUCUUGACAAGGUUGGAGAGACGAAACCGGAUGAGGCCUUGGCACCACCUCAAGGGAAGGACGGAAAACCAGAAGCUCCUGGGAAGAGGGAACGACUCUCCGCGGCCGUAUUUGUGGCAGUAAGAGACCAAGGCGUUGAAGGAAGCCGCAUCAAGGCCCUGGACCAUCGCUGGCUCGUAGUUUGCAUUCUAGCAGAUGGCAUGUGGACAAUGGUGUCAAUGGAAGAUGUGGUUGCACUUUCAGAACAAGAAGAGGACGUCGUACCCAAUGUGGACUUGCUGGAGGUGCCUCAUCCUGCGACAUUCGAUGUUGAUCCUAGCUCAGAGUGGGCGAAAUGCUGUCCUGUUGAUGACAACGAAACGGCAGCUGUCUACAGAGUUUCGGAUGACCUGAUAUCGCGUAUUGCGUCGGAUAAGCGUCCCCGUUUAGAACGGUACCAGAUACCAGAGUUUGAAUCGCAGAAAAAGUUGCAGCAGAAGGUUGACGAUUUGUACAGAGAAUCAAUAUGGCAUGGUAGAGAGAAGGAGGUCGAUGAACUGAGACGUCUACGACGGAGAGCUGCGCAACUAGGAGAUGAUAUCAUGGGUAUGCAGAAGACUGAAAACAAGCUUCAGGAAAAACUCUUCAAGGAGCGCAGUUCACAGGAGUCGGGCCAGGCGGAGCUGCUGGCUGUCCUAGAAGAUUGCCACGCUAUUUCAAUUCACGGUGACCAGGCGAUGGAGAUGACGCCUAUCGGGGCUCUCGGGUCCGUUCUUCCGUGCCAAUAUCCCCUUUUCACAGCAGCCUGUCUGUCCUUGAUAGAUGAUGUUAAAUCGCUGUCAGUCUCAGAAUUUGCUGCAUUUGUCGCAGUUGUGUCUUGCAGUGGGAGAAUAUGGACUGCGAAUAAUGGUAGAAACAGGCCCAGUGUUGAUGAAGCUAUCAAAGAAGAUGAAGAGUACGAGGAAAUGGACUUUUCUGCGAUUCAUCAAGCUGGAAGGAAUGAUGAGCUUUCUGACUCAGAAAAGAUUCCCUCCGUCGUAGAAGGGCUCGGUGAGAUACUACACCCGCAAGUCGCUUCCACAGUUAAUGAUAUUAUGGAAGCACUCCAACAGCUUCAUCGCCGACAUCAGAACGGCGAUGAUCUAAAUUCCAGAUCUAAUGGAAAUGACAUCGUGCCAAAGUUGUUAGAUCUGCGUCUCGCGCGAUCAGUAGAGAUGUUUUCGUCAGGAGCAUCCUGGCGCGACGUAGCGGACGAAUUGCAGCAAGACAGUGGAUAUGCAGUACGACAGUUUAGGAACAUCAAACUGGUGCUUGAGACGAUUGCCACGGACCAAUGCAACGGAGAGUUUGAGGAUGACAUUCGGGAACUGGCGAAGUCUGCCUAUGAGUCCUUGGACCGAUGGCCAGUGAAUGACUCAGAAACAUUAUUCGAACUGAUUGAAGCAGGCGUCGUGGAAAAGCAUUGGAACGGAAAUACCUACGACAAAUGGUGGCGAGCGGUUCGGGACCCCAUCCCUGAUCUGGGUUGGGAAGGGGACCAGCGUGAUAUUGAAGAGGUGCGCUCUGGCGAAGCUGAGGUUGUCGAGUGA